UGUGUGUGUGUGUGUGUGAGUGUGUGUACGUAUGUGACGUGUGCGCCACUCAUCAUUUUAGCCUAAAACAUUACGACCUCUUGUGUGUGGGAAACUUCAGACCACGCGCAGGGUGGGGCUGGGUGUGCUGAGUUCUCUGGAAGAGGGGCGUGUGUGCCCGUGUGUGCGUGUGUGUCUGCGUGUACGUGUGUGUGUGUGUGUGUGUGUGUGUGUGUGUGUGUGUGUGUGCGUGUGUCUGCGCGUGUCUGUGUGUGUCCGUCUAAAAGGUGUACCGUGCCGUACAUUACGGCUCACGCAUUAAGUAUUCCGAUUCAAGAACGGAGCGGAGUCCUAAAAAAAAAAGAAAAAAGAAGAAGAACUUUCCCAAAAAGUGUUGCGGCUGAGAGAUAACUGCACUCCGGACGCAGCGGACGGAUUCAUCGCGGACCCACAGCGGAACACACGCAGUAAAAAUGCCAGGUGAGCGGUUGUCUGUAAGAGGCACGUCGGAGGUGGGGCGCUUCCCCGGAGCGCCCCCCCCCACCAGGGUGGAGCUGACCAUUCAUAAAGAUGAGGAGAAGAUACAGGAAGAGGGAGGCUGUUGCGGCUGGUUCCAGAAGAUGUGUCUGUGCUGCUGUAAGCACCAGAACAGCAUCUCCUAUGAUAUUACAGACAAGGUGGAAUUUGUCAAACCCCCGGAGCCCAUAAAGCCAAAGCCUGAGAAUGGAGAAGCGAAGGAAAUGGAAGAAAUUACGUUUUUGGUGAGUUCUGUGGACCUGCUGAGCUCCAAGACGGGCCAGAACAGACAGGAGCACCACACCGACUUGUAUCAGGGGGACGAGCUGAUCAUCCGCAGAGGACAGACCUUCCUGAUAGAGCUGGAGCUCAACAGGCCCUUCAAUGCUGACAAUGACAAGCUGCAUCUGGAGCUUAAAACAGGUCCCCUGCCCUUGGUGGCCAAAGGCACCCAUGUCAUCAUCCCGCUGGUGGAUAGCCUGGAGGACGAACGCUGGGAGGCCAAGAUCGUGGAGCAGAACGGCAACAGGAUCAAGCUGUCCGUCAACUCGCCAGCCAGCGCUGUGAUUGGCCUGUACGGGCUCUCGGUGACAACCAGCACGUCGAAGGGCGAGGCGGCAACUACUCACGACUCCACCAAGAACAUCGUCAUGCUCUUCAACCCUUGGUGUGAGGAGGACGCAGUGUUUUUGGAUGAUGAGGAGGAGACAAAGGAGUACGUGCUGAAUGACACCGGGAGGAUUUACUAUGGAACAGAGAAACAAAUAGGCGCCCGCACAUGGAACUUUGGCCAGUUUCAUGAGGGAAUCCUGGACGCAUGUCUGUUUAUCCUGGAGAAGAGUGAGAUGCCACCAUCUGGCCGAGGAGAUCCUGUUAAUGUGGUUAGAGUCAUAUCUGCCAUGAUAAACGCUCAGGACGACUUUGGGGUUCUGGUGGGGAACUGGUCCGGGAAUUACUCUGAUGGAGUCUCUCCUUCGGCGUGGAGCAGCAGCGUGGAGAUCCUGAGGAAGUACCACUCCUCCAAUGGAACGCCUGUGUCGUAUGGACAAUGCUGGGUCUUCUCUGGGAUCACGACAACGGUGCUGCGGUGUCUGGGCAUACCCGCCCGCAGUGUCACCAACUUCCAGUCCGCUCACGACACUGACGUAUCCCUCACCACAGAUGUGUAUUUUGAUGAGAAAAUGGAUCCGAUCGACUACCUCAAUAGUGACUCUGUGUGGAACUUCCACGUAUGGAAUGACUGCUGGAUGGCGAGACUAGACCUGCCCCCUGGUUAUGGAGGAUGGCAGGCUGUUGACUCUACUCCCCAGGAAACCAGCCAAGGCACCUUCCGCUGCGGCCCCGCCUCCGUCAACGCCAUCCGCUCUGGCCAGGUCUACCUCAAACACGACACGCCGUUUGUCUUCGCUGAGGUCAACAGUGAUAAGAUCUUCUGGCAGAAGAACCUGGACGCCACUUUCAGCCAGAUCCACAGUGAGAAGAAAGCUGUCGGCCACUGCAUCAGCACAAAAGCAGUGGGCUCUGACGAGCGGGCGGACGUCACGCACCUGUACAAACACCAAGAAGGUUCGGAGGAGGAACGCAUCUCCGUGGAGACUGCCAGUCGCUUUGGCAGCAAACCAGAUGUCUACUCCACGGCCAUGGCAGAGGACGUGUGCAUUGAGGUGAAGAUGGAAGGCGAGGGGCCCAGGAUGGGUGCCGACGCCCAGCUGAGCAUCCUGGUGAAGAACCUGAGCUCGCAGCCUCGUCGCACCACUCUGCACAGCCAGGUGGCCGUCAUGUACUACACCGGUGUGCUGAAGGGCACCAUCAAGAAGGAGCAGAUUCCUGUGGAGCUCUUGCCCAAUGAAGAGAAGACCAUUGAGUGGAUGCUGCCCUACCAACAGUACCAAAACCAGCUGGUGGAUCAGGCAGCUCUGAUGCUGACCCUGUCUGGGAGAGUCAGUGAGACCCAGCAAGUAUUAGCCAACCAGACCACCUUCAGGCUCCGUACACCGGACCUCAACGUCAAGCCUUUGGGAGAAGCUGUCGUUGGCAAGGAGAUGGCAGCCAAGAUUACCUUCACCAACCCUCUGCCGCGUAUGCUGAAGGAAGUGGUGUUCAGGGUGGAGGGCCUGGGUCUGCAGAAGGGCCACGAGGUGGUCGUUGGCGACAUCGGCGGACACUCCACGGUGACACUGACGGAGCACUUCGUCCCCACCCAGCCCGGAUCCAGGAAGCUAGUGGCGUCCCUCGACUGCAAACAGCUCACGCAAGUGCACGGGGUGGCUGAUAUCGUAGUUCGCGAGCAGUGAGAAGCGACAUCACUUCCUGUCCUCUCGUUUGUUCCUCAUAACAUAUGAACAGAGAGCCUCUACUUAUACGGAAAGUGUGCCGAGUUCUUGUAUCUUAAACAAUCUUGUUGUUUUUCGUACUACAGAAGAAUACAAAUGUGGAUAUCUUUAAAAACUACGAGUAGACAAUUAGCAACUGUAGCGUUGUCAGUAUUAUUAUUUUUUUACUUAAAUAUUAAUCCACACUGAUGCCUUGUUCUGAAAUGUCUAAACUGUGGUGAAGUCUGCGGCAGGGUUUUCAAACCACGGGCAGCAAAUGAAGUGUUUGAUUAACAAGCGUUCGUUUAUUGAAGUUAUUAAAACCUGACUACACGGAGCGUCCACAGACCAAAGAAUGUGAAGGUGCAGACAGUCGGGUCACGAUCCCGUCGUGACGAUGUAAAUACUGCGUGUCACGAGAAGAAAAGUUCGUGAAACAAACCUCUCGCGGCUCACAUGAAGGAAGCGUACCGGGGGAAGUUCGUAAAGGGACUGGUGGGGAAAUUCAAUCCACGUCCC